CAAUUGUUGAAGCUGCCGAAAGUCCGCGGUUGACGUCGGCCUCCCCAAGGCACUCCCGCCCCUCCGACUCUCUUCCCACGACAAACUCAACUCAACCAAGGCUGACGACUACAUCAAUCAUGAGUCUUCUUCGAUCUGGAAUCUGUAGAGCUUGCCGGCGCUCCCAGCUCCGCUGGCAGCGAGGCUUUGCGACCGCCGGUGGCGCGUCGUAUGACAACCGCGUCAAGUUGGUCGAAGUUGGACCCCGAGAUGGCCUCCAGAACGAAAAGAAGACGAUCCCGCUGGCGACCAAGAUUGAGCUGAUUGAGCGAUUGGCCCGGACGGGAGUUUCGACAAUUGAGGCGGGGUCUUUUGUGUCUCCGAAAUGGGUCCCUCAGAUGGCCAAUUCCAGCGAGAUUCUCGAGCAUAUCCUUCAACAAAAAGUUUCCUCCCCGGUGCCGAUCUCAUACUCUUUCCUGGCCCCCAACAUCAAGGGUCUACAAAACGCUGCGAAGCUCUUGAGCGAGAACCCCAAGGCUUUUGCGACACAGCUCACUCCCGCGAGCGAGGCCGAGGCUGUAUCGAAACCAUCCGUCGAGGUCGCCGUGUUUGCGGCUGCUACUGAGAGCUUCUCGCAGAAGAAUCUCAACUGUGACAUUCAGACAUCACUGGAGCGGUUCAAGGAGGUGAUCCAGGACUCCAAGGCCCUGGGUCUCCGCGUCCGCGCCUACAUCUCGGUCGUUCUCGGAUGUCCCUUUGAGGGAUUCGAAGUAGACCCACACAAAGUAGCUGAGAUUGCGGCGGACUUGUUGGAGUCUGGUGCGGACGAGAUAUCCUUGGGUGAUACGACGGGCAUGGGCACGGCGCCUCGGACCAGCGCGUUACUCAAAUGCAUGGCGUCCGCGGGCAUCAGGUCGGAGGAUAUUGCGAUGCACUUCCACGAUACGUAUGGACAAGCUCUGGUGAACACGGCCGUUUCGCUGGAGCACGGAAUCCGUACCUUUGAUAGCAGUGUGGGUGGACUUGGAGGGUGCCCUUAUAGCCCCGGGGCGACAGGUAACGUAGCGACGGAGAACAUGGUCUACUUCAUGGAGACGCUGGGGAUGGAUACAGGCAUCAGCUUGGAUGCUAUGACGGAUAUUGGAGCGUGGAUUACGAAGGAGCUGGGCAAGGGCAAUGAGAGCUCGCUCCCUCCUUCAACGCGCCAUUCUCGCCGCCUCCCCAUCUCGACCGCCUCCCUUUUCGCCCUCCCCUUCCGCUCCUCUACCGCCACCAUGGCCGACCCGCGCGAGUCGUCGUCGUACUCGGUCACCCCGAGGAUUCGCUACAACACUGUUGGCGGCGUCAACGGCCCGCUCGUCAUCGUCGAGAAUGUCAAAUACCCCCGAUACAACGAGAUCGUCACCCUCACCCUCGCCGAUGGCACGCAGCGAUCUGGUCAGGUCCUCGAAGCUCGAGGUGAUCGAGCCGUUGUCCAGGUUUUCGAAGGCACCCCCGGUAUCGAUGUCAAGAAGACCCGAGUCGAGUUCACCGGCCAGAGCUUGAAGCUCGGUGUGUCUGAGGACAUGCUUGGUCGUAUCUUCGAUGGUUCCGGACGAGCUAUCGACAAGGGCCCCAAGGUCCUGGCGGAGGACUACCUCGACAUCAACGGUAGCCCCAUCAACCCUUACUCUCGUGAAUACCCCGAGGAGAUGAUCUCCACCGGUAUCUCCGCCAUCGACACCAUGAACUCGAUUGCCCGAGGACAGAAGAUCCCUAUCUUCUCCGCCGCCGGUCUGCCCCACAACGAAAUCGCCGCCCAGAUUUGCCGACAGGCCGGCCUGGUCCAGAAGCAGGGCAUCACCAACAAAGGCGUUCACGAUGGCCACGAGGAGAACUUCUCCAUCGUCUUCGGUGCUAUGGGUGUCAACUUGGAAACCGCUCGUUUCUUCACCCGCGACUUCGAGGAGAACGGCAGCUUGGAGCGUGUCACCCUCUUCCUCAACCUUGCCAACGACCCUACUAUCGAGCGUAUCAUUACUCCUCGUCUCGCCCUCACCACCGCCGAAUACUACGCCUACCAGCUCGAGAAGCACGUCUUGGUUAUUCUUACCGAUCUUUCAGCUUACUGCGAUGCCCUUCGAGAGGUUUCCGCCGCCCGAGAGGAGGUUCCCGGUCGACGUGGUUUCCCCGGUUACAUGUACACUGACUUGUCCACCAUCUACGAACGAGCCGGUCGUGUAGCGGGUCGCAACGGAUCCAUCACCCAGAUCCCCAUCUUGACCAUGCCCAACGAUGAUAUCACCCACCCCAUUCCCGAUCUGACUGGCUACAUUACCGAGGGCCAGAUCUUCAUCGACCGUGCCCUGCACAAUCGCGGUAUCUACCCGCCCAUCAACGUCCUGCCGUCGCUGUCCCGUCUGAUGAAGUCUGCCAUUGGUGAGGGCAUGACGCGUAAGGAUCACGGUGAUGUGUCCAACCAGCUGUACGCCAAGUAUGCCAUCGGUCGUGACGCCGCUGCCAUGAAGGCUGUCGUCGGUGAGGAGGCUCUGUCAGCUGAGGACAAGCUGUCGCUGGAGUUCUUGGAGAAGUUUGAGCGCCAGUUCAUUGCCCAGGGUCACUACGAGUCGCGAACUAUCUACGAGUCCCUGGACCUCGCCUGGAGCCUGCUCCGAAUCUACCCCAAGGAUCUACUCAACCGUAUCCCCGCCAAGAUCCUCAACGAGUUCUACCAGCGUGCUGCCAAGGAGGCCAAGGCCAAGGGCAAGGCUCGCGCGGAGCAGCAGCAAGAGGAGAACUUGAUUGACGCCUAAAUGGACAAGUUGUCGGCGUUGCGAUAGAGACAGUAUAAUAUGAGCGCGCGCAGAAGGAGGAUUCGUCAAGAAAGCACUGUUUGCGAUGAUUGUUUACAUGUUGGAGGGCUCGUUGAUGAUGGGGAGAAAGGGGUAGGGACCAGCUGCAGCACAAGAGCAAGGCCUUGGCGUGCACAUAGGGAGCCGAGUUAAUGCCAUUCAAUUCCCGUCAGAACAGGUCACCAUGAAUUAUGAUGCAUGCAACUGAAGCACUUACAAGCAGAAG